UCUUUCCUAUCAACAUAUUAUUGCUCUUUCUCCACUCUCACUCUCACAAACACACUCUCAGACACAAAGUUCCAUAGCUAGUUAUAGUAAUAGUAAUAGAUAUAUUUAUUAUAUAUUACUUGUCCUUUAAUUGUUUUUGUAAUGGAUGAAAAGUGGAAGCUAUCAAAGAAGGAAAAAAGCUCAGCCUCAUCAACCAAAUCAUCAAUAUUCUCAAGAAGCUGUUCAACAAGAGGCUCUACUUCAAAGUCACCACUACUUUCAAAGAGCUUAUCACAAAAGUGCUCUUCUACUUCCAAUAACAGCAACAAUAAUAAUCUUCCUAGAAGCUAUUCACAGAAGAGUCCAUCCAUAGGUAAGAAAUGUACCAAUAUAGCAAAAGAACAGAAAGCAAGAUUUUACAUCAUGAGGAGAUGUGUAGCUAUGUUAGUUUGUUGGCACAAACAUGGAGAUAAAUAGUAGUAGUGAUUUUCAAGAACAAGUCUUGUUACUUACUCAGAUCCCCUUUUCAGUGAACAAUUUUGAAGGAAUCUUAUUUUGUUUUUAUUUGUCUUUUCAAAUUGUAAUUAUGAUUUAUCUAUAAGAUUUGCACAUUUGCAAAUAUUAUCUUCA